CAGAUCCUCAGUACAUCCACUACAGCGUUGUCAGCAACGAAGUUAUCAAAUGAGUUCGAGCGCGCAGUACUCCAGCUACACCAGCAAAUUCUGGAUAUGGUUGAGGAGUGCUUGAUAUUGGCAGGCGCAAGACACGGAGAAAUGGGCGAAUGCUUGACAGUCAAGACUUCAGCGAAUGCUGAGUUUCUGGAUUUCCUGGAAGCGCAGGCAAAGACACAAGUAAAAGUCCUGGAGGUCGAAGUGCGCGCUGGUCAGGAACUACUCCGCUUGCACAAAACCCAGCACGAGAAAGAACGUGUUGAGCUCGAGGAAGAGAUUACAGCACUGCGCGUUGGGCGUACGGAGACUGAACGGCUUUGUGCUGAGCUACGUGCGGAUCUCCGCAAGUGCCGAAGCGAAUUGGCUUGUCACGUGGCAAAUGCUACGGAUAUACAGAGGUACGUCUGUUGUUGA